GGUGAUGGACAGAAUCCCCAAAAGAGACCCUCCACAUUUAAGGAUUGAGUAAAACUUCUCUGGUUGUCCAAACAACCAGGAGAAACAGCAGCAGAAGCAAGCACGGCAGCAGCAGCAGCCAAAGCCAAGGAAUGUAGCUGAGCAAGACUGGUUAGGUUGGGGCAGGGCAGGGCAAGGCAAUGUUCGGAGACAGGAGGGGAGGAGACUUGGCCUGCAGCUGCCUGGCCCAAGUAUGUGUGCAGCUGCGAUCUGACUGUUGGACUUUUCCCACCACAGCCAUGUUCCGGUCCAGCUGAGCUCCAGCCCACUGCCCCAUGGGGAGCCCCACGCCUGGCACCCUCCUGCUCUCCACCGCUUUCUUGCUGAGCUUCUUGCCUGCUGUGCCCAGGAGUCAUCACCUGCCGCUCGCCCGCUUGCAGAUCCUCACCAACAUUAAUUGCAGAUAUUAUGUGGAUGGUGCCCUGUCCAGACAUCGAUGCCAGCGGAAACUGCAGGAAAGCCCUUCUCUGCCUCUGCCCUCCCUUGCUCUGAGCAUAGUUCAACAGAGCCAACAGCCUGAAAGCCAGGGGUGUGUUCACGUCCAAUUGGCCCUCAAUGCUACAGGCAUCAGAGGACUGGAACUGAAUUUUCUGGUCCUGAGUUCUAAUCGCUUUGGCUGGCUAACGAUCUUGAAGAAGAGGAAGCACCGGACAUACAGAGGAAACUUGUGGCAGAUUGAGUUUGACUGUUUCCCAGCAGAGAGCGGACAGAAGGUGUUUGUCUCUCUGGAUACCAUUCCUCCUGGGGCGCUGAGUAUCAACCAAACCAUUGCAGUCACUAGCAAGCAAUCAGGACCUGAUUUCCACCAUACAUGGCUGCCUGAAUCACGAUCCAUUGAGGUGUCGGUAUCUCAGGGACCUGCUAUUACUGUGCGCCUUUGCCACCAACUGGCCCUGGUGUGUGAGGAACUGCGCCAGCCUUUCCAUAUGCAGGCAAACGUCUCUGAACAUCAUCCUGCUGUGCUACCCUAUGAACUUCUGCUCCCUUGCUUAUGUAUUGAGGCAUCCUAUGGGCACCAAGAUGGCAUACGCAAAAAGAUUUGCCCAUUCCAGGAUCAACCAGAAGUCUUUGGACCAGACCUGUGGUCCUCAGUGCGGUUCAAGGACUACAGCAAUAGCGUAAAGGCUGAGAUGGCGAUGGCACUGAAUAACCGCUGCUUCCUUCAUCCCACUGCUUCCCUUUGCUGGAAAGAAGCUGCUGCUCCAGGAGCAAUCUGUGAAGAUAUCCCCAAUGCUACAAUCACUGAAUCAGGCCAGGAAUAUGUUCUCAAGGAGGUGGAUGUACACCCACAACUCUGCUUCAAGUUCUCUUACAAGAAUACAAGCCACAUCGAGUGCCCACAUCAGACAGAAACUGCCUGGAACGUAUCUCUAAGGGCCACCUUUUUCCAGCUCCACGUAAACAUCCACUCCCAUAUACCAGCAUCCUUUAGUGCAGCCUUAUGUCAAAAGCAACCCACAGGCCAGUGUGAACUCAAACCUCCUGUCUAUACCGUCACCCAUCCAGAGGGAUCAGUCCAAGUAGAUCUGGAUCUCAUUCUCCCUUGGAGGGCUUUGAGGAGCUGCUUACUGGUGUGGCGUUCUGAUGUUCGCUUUGCUGGCAAACAGCUCCUUUGUCCUGAUGUUUCUCACAAGCACUGGGGGCUAUUGGCCUGUGGUGUGAGUCUGGCAUUGGGAUUGCUGGUCACCGUCAUUCUGCUGAUUCGUUGGGGUUUGCACAGGCUCCAGAAAGAUAUUCCCAGCAAACACUAUUCCCGUCCCAUUCUGCUGAUCUACUCUCCCGAUUCGGAGGAACACAAGCAGCUGGUCUGUGCCUUUGCUGGAUUGUUGCGCUCUGCUCUUGGCCGCCCCAUUCUGUUGGACCUCUGGGAGCUGGGCCAUGUGGGCCGACUGGGCAUCAUGGCCUGGAUGUACGCCCAGCGAGAACUUGUAAACCAGGAGCAGGGUCAGGUGCUGCUACUAUGGAGCCCAGGGACCGCUCAUUCCUACGAACUGUGGCACGGGAAGGAAGAUGGAGAUGGAGGGAAGGCACCAGAGCCACAUGACCUUUUUGGGGCUGCCAUGGCAUGUUUGCAAGGUGAACUCCAGGGUGCUGCUGGGACGAUCAAACAGAGCGACUGGGUGGUAGCCUAUUUCAGUAAAGUGUGUGGCCGGCGGGACAUUCCUCGUGCCCUGCGGUUCCUUCCCCGCUAUCGCCUGCCUCAGGAACUUCUGGGCCUGGUGAAGGUCUUGCAGGGCCCUUCCAGCUCAGCACCCAACUGGUUCCAUGCCAGUGCCAAAGACUUGGUGCGCCGCCUGCUCAAGACUGAACGGAGGAAAGGGCCGCGGAGCCGGCUCUAUCAUUCUUGGAGGACAACCACAGAGAGGCUUAGAACAAGCUCCCUUAUUCCCCUUACUGUUCCCAAACUGCGCAAGCCAACCUGUACUUGAAUGGAUGCUAAGAGGUGAAUACCUGUGUUGGUUGUGAAAUGGAGUUAGGAGUUAAUACACAAGUAGGGGCAGUAAAUAGGGGUGAAUGCUAUAUCUGCUCUGUUGUGGAACCCAGAAAUCUGUAGCAUGUUGGGCCUCUUAAAUCCAAUGCUACAAACAGGAAGGGCUAAGCUCAGCCAAAUGCUUUGUGGUAAGGAGCAGGCCGAGACUGUUCUGCACAAAAGCCAGGCUUUCUCUGAUAUGGAGGUGGCAACCGAUGGCGGUGGCAACUGAUGUAAUGGAGAUGAGAUUGCAAUAAAGGAUAAUGCUAGUGAUGUACAGGCCACAGGAAAGGUCAGGAGGCCAUUUAUUGGCAUUAGCUUUGGAAGAGGGGACGUGCAAUAUUAAUGUGUGUAGUCAGGAAUAAUCCAUAAUGGUGUAGUCUCCAAGAUCUUGCCGCCUUGGUGGACAGCAGUGCCAAUGACAUUGAGAGACCAAUGGUCCAUGCACCAGGAGGGUGCUCUCAUGCAACCAAACUGGAUAAUCCAGCAAACUGAAUAGAUACAUUACUCACCAAAAUGAUGAGGUCAAGGUAGUAGCCAAAGAAGAGAGAAAGGGAUUUAUGCAGAUAAUAAUAUACUUGUAAACAGACUACAUGCACUUAUAUUUUUGCUACUAGUUUGCCUAUCUUCAAAUUGACCUGUCCAAACAAAGCAAACAUAUCACCAAGGAGUUUGAUACGAGUUCUUAUUGUGCGGUGUGUGGUAAAUAUGGUUUAUCAAAUGAAUCCCACAUCUGUUCUUGUUUUUCUGCUUUGUUUGAAGUAAGAUAAUAAAUGGACUGUUUAAAA